AUGAAUACAUCAGUCAACCACAGCUUCGAUAGCGUUGGGUUCGGUCCAAGCUUCCCAAGUGGAAAAAUUGUUCCAAGGGACGUUACUCUAACGAUGUUCGUCUCAUUUUUCAUCUUGAUUGUAUGCGGCAAUAUCUGGGUAAUGAUCGCUGUUGUCCGCCAGCCCAAACUACGUAAAUCAUCGACUUGUAUGUUUAUUAUUUCACUCUCUAUAUCAGAUCUGAUGAUGGCGUUUUUCUACAUUCCGAUGCAAGUAGCUUACGUGGGAUUUGGUCUCACUGGAAUGAAAAGCGUUGUGUUAUGUAAGGGAUCAGCCUGGCUACAAUGGGUUGCUCAAUGCGCCACGAUAUUUUCUUUAAUCGGAAUAGGAAUCGACAGAUACCGGGCAAUAGUUCAACCACUUCAUCCUAAGUUGACAAGAACAGAUGCUGCGGUGUGUAUUGCUGUAAUAUGGGUAUGUGCUGGGGCGUACUCCGGUCAUCGUAUGUACGUAUUAGACAUAGUUACAUUUAUAUACCCCAUAGGUAUCAAUGUGACUGUAUCUACAUCAGUAUGUGCAGUGCCAUCUGAUAAAUAUUACUUAUUAAGUUAUCUUGAAAUAAGUGACUUUCUUGUGAUGUACCUAGUUCCACUUGUAAUCCUCUGUGUGAUGUACGCCAUAAUGGUGUCCAGCCUGUGGUUCAGCUCCGCUCCAAACGAUGAAUCAAAACAGAAGAAAAGAAAAGCUGUUAAGAUGCUAAUUCUGGUCGUAGUGUUAUUUUGCAUCAGUUGGUUACCAUGGAGAGCCUUUUCUUUAUACUUUCAAAUGACAGACUUUGCGUCAAUCCCAGCAAAUAUUUUUAUAUGGAGUGAUGUCAUAGCCGCGAUUUGCAUAACUAUGUAUCUUAGCAACAGUUGGGUGAAUCCAUUUCUUUAUGCCUAUUUCAACCAAAGUUUCAGAAAUGAGUUCUAUCGAUUGUUUCCUUGUACGCUAAAAGGGCAGUCUAAAGUGGCUCCUACUAAUAGGACUAUUGGUAAAAUUACAGCUACAACAUCAGCCAAUAACACACUGUCGUGA